AAUUCACCAUUUUAUUUCAAACCAAAUUAACGGCGGUUUGUCGAAACGACGCUUAAGUUGAAAAUUGGAAAAAAACGCGGGGAAAAGCCCACUUUGAAUUAAUAUGGAAUCACGUUUACCAAAACCAUUACCAUUUCGACCCAUGCAGGGAUUGACUAAGAAUAUAUUGCCCGGAGAUCGAAUUAAAUCGUCUGCCACAGGAGGUGGGGAAGCCGGUAAUGUACAACCGCUUAGCAGGGAUAUGUCCAAUUCGCGCAAUUUUUUAACGCGUCCCAGAGCUCGCGCCGCAUCCCCGGAGCCUCUGAGGACAAAUAACCGCGCUAAAUUGCGACGCAGUCGAUCGGCUUGUGAUGUAAAUGAAUUGCGUGGGGUGGGCAUAAAGCGAACUGCCAUGCCACCCACUUUACCGAGCGUUCCAAGCAAGUUUUCACGUACCACAGCUACAACAACUUCAACGACAACAACCUCAAGUGUGCCCACUGGCACACAACAACGAGCAAGUCGUCCGCCAUUAGCAGCAGCCCGAAAACCACCCGUUUCUACAUCCCGGACUGCUGCACGCACAACAUCAGCUCCUGCGCAGACAUCGAAAUUUGCGGCGUCAACCAAAACCGGUGGAGCAGCCGCAUCUAGCUCAACUUCUGCUGCUGCUGCGCCCAAGAGGAUAGCCCCAUAUGAUUUUAAGGCUCGUUUUCACGAUUUACUCGAGAAGCAUAAAACACUUAAAACCAAAUAUGAAAAGCAAGUUGAUGAUUUGUCUGAACUCGAAACGAUGCCACAGCAGUUGGAGGAGACCCAAAAUAAACUAAUUGAAACAGAAUCAAAGCUAAAGAAUACACUGUCUAAUAACGAGAGUCUGUACCGGCAAGUGAAGCAGCAAACGGACGAAAUUGCAUCAUUAACAGCCACGCUGGGACGUCUUAAUGCUGAGCUAACCGAUCUGAAGACGAAGCAUGAACAAAUAUUAAGUGAGCAUCAAAGUCUAUCUGCCGAGAAUUUGGAGUUGCGUCAAUGCAAAGAAAAUCUGCAGCAACGGAACGAAGCGGCAACUGAGGAAAACAAGAACCUUCAGGAGCAGCUCUUUAAAUCAAAUAUGGAACGUAAAGUGCUGCACAACAAUGUUAUGGAUCUGAAGGGCAAUAUUCGUGUCUUCUGUAGAAUACGUCCGCCCUUAGAUACCGAAAUUGGCCGUAUAUGUUGCUCAUGGAACUAUCAUGACGAAGCCACCGUCGAGAUACAAAGCCUUGAAGGCCAACAGGCAACCAAACAGAUUUUUACAUUUGAUCAAGUAUUUCAGCCGAACUGCUUCCAAACAGAUAUUUUCGAUAUGGUUUCACCAUUAAUACAAUCGGCAUUGGAUGGCUAUAAUAUCUGCAUAUUCGCAUACGGCCAAACUGGCAGCGGUAAGACCUUUACAAUGGAUGGCGUGGCAGAUAAUGUGGGAGUUAUACCACGCACCGUUGAUCUUCUUUUCGAUUCGAUCAAUUCCUAUAAAAAUAUGGGCUGGGAGUAUGAGAUUAGAGCGACAUUUUUGGAAAUUUAUAAUGAAGUUCUAUAUGAUCUAUUAAGCAAUGAAGCAAAAGACAUGGAAAUUCGUAUGGCAAAGAAUAACAAAAACGAUAUAUAUGUAUCAAAUAUCACUGAGGAAUGUGUUAUGGACCCAAAUCAUCUGCGCCAGUUAAUGGCAACAGCAAAAAUGAAUCGAGCCACAGCAUCCACAAUUGGCAAUGAGCGUUCAUCACGAUCGCAUGCUGUCACCAAACUGCAAUUGAUUGGACGCCAUGCGGCGAGACAAGAAAUUUCCAUCGGUUCCAUCAAUCUGGUUGAUCUAGCUGGUUCUGAAUCUCCCAAAACCAGCAUUCGUAUGACCGAAACGAAGAAUAUCAAUCGUUCUCUCUCCGAGCUGACUAAUUGCAUAUUGGCUCUGUUACAAAAGCAAGAUCAUGUUCCAUAUCGAAACUCAAAAUUGACCCAUUUGCUAAUGCCAGCCCUGGGUGGCAAUUCAAAGACCUUGAUGUUCAUAAAUGUAUCUCCAUUCCAAGAUUGCUAUCACGAAUCUGUAAAAUCGUUGCGUUUCGCAACUUCAGUUAACUCCUGCAAAAUGACCAAAGCCAAGCGGGUUCGGAUCCCGAAUAAUGCGUCGGCCAAUAAUAGCAGAAUAGAUAACUCAGUCUAAAAGGUCAAAAUUGUGUAAUCCCAAAUUCGUUUUUAACAAGUCAAAUUUACGUUUUUUGUAAUUUUCAAAUAAUUUAACUUAAUAAAUUGUUAUUAUUUUUAAGACCAGAAAUCAAUAAACGCUAUUUUAAAGAAUAA